CCCUCUUCCUCACCCUCUCCAAUUUCCAUUCCCCCCCCACCCCGCUUCUGCCGCGGUCGGGUCCGCGGCCUUCGCUGUAGCCGUCGCCGCCGGCCCUUGAAAGCACGAACUCCCCUACCCCCCUCCCCCGGUCCCGGCCCCUGUCUAGCAGACGUGAAGAUGAGCAGCUCAGAGGAGGUAUCCUGGAUUUCCUGGUUCUGUGGGCUCCGUGGCAAUGAAUUCUUCUGUGAAGUGGAUGAAGACUACAUCCAGGACAAGUUCAACCUCACAGGUCUCAAUGAGCAAGUGCCCCAUUAUCGACAAGCUCUAGACAUGAUUUUGGACCUGGAGCCUGAUGAAGAGCUGGAAGACAACCCCAACCAGAGUGACCUGAUUGAGCAGGCAGCCGAGAUGCUGUACGGAUUAAUCCACGCCCGCUACAUCCUCACCAACCGCGGCAUUGCCCAGAUGUUGGAAAAAUACCAGCAGGGAGACUUUGGCUACUGUCCCCGUGUGUACUGUGAGAACCAGCCAAUGCUUCCCAUUGGCCUGUCGGACAUCCCAGGCGAGGCCAUGGUGAAGCUUUACUGCCCCAAGUGCAUGGACGUGUACACACCCAAGUCAUCGAGGCACCACCACACAGAUGGCGCCUACUUCGGCACUGGUUUCCCUCACAUGCUCUUCAUGGUGCACCCCGAGUACCGACCGAAGCGGCCCGCCAACCAGUUUGUGCCCAGGCUCUAUGGUUUCAAGAUCCAUCCGAUGGCCUACCAGCUGCAGCUCCAGGCCGCCAGCAACUUCAAGAGUCCAGUCAAGACGAUUCGCUGAUUCCCCACCCUACCUGUCCCUCAGUCUUUGACGGCCCCGUUCCUUCUCUGUCACCCUUUCAGGAACCCUUUAUGGUUUUUAGUUUAAAUUAAAGGAGUCAUUAUUGUGGUGGGCAUAUGAAAUAAAGUGGAAGAAAAGGCCA